ACGAAGUUUAUAUGAUGUUGAUCUUGCAGGAUUGGCGAACCCAUGCCAAGGAUUGUACGGGUGGAAAUGCCCUGGAGAAAAUACCUGUUUGCCCGAAUACUACGUUUGUGAUACAAUUCCUGAUUGCGCAAAUGGAGAGGACGAAAAACACUGUGAUGCACACUGCGAAUCCAUUGGAGGAUGGAGGUGCCAGUGCAAUCAGCUGACACAGUGCUACCUACCCGAGGAUAUCUGCGACGGCUUGAAUUCCUGUCACAUGUACACGGCAAUAACUCACGACUCAACAGAGGCAUCGGCGUGUGUUGACGACGAAGCAAACUGUGAGGAGCAUUGCAAGUCUACUGGUGGCUUUUAUUGUGGUACAUUUAACAGUGAAUGCAUUGGGCUGGAUCGCGUUUGCGAUGGUAUUCCUGACUGCACUUUUAUGUUUCACGUCGACUACUCACGCCCGCAGGAUGAAAUGGAUUGUGGUACCUGUACUGGGCAGUGGGAAUCCAUGAGAACAUACAUUGCAGCAGUGCUGCCUAUCAUGGGGGCUCAGAACACCGAAGAGGAUGUUUACGACCAUGUGUGCAGCACCGGGGCGUGCACGUCAAGUUUCUUCUUCUGUGAUGAUGGAAAUCAGUUUGAAUGUGGUAACUGGGAAGACGAGCAAGACUGUGAGGCAGUCCAGUGCCUUGGUUUAAAGUGUGAGGAAACCCACAAGUGCGGUCCAUUCUCCGCCGGUACUUGUGAUGGAAUACCUAACUGUUUGGACUUAACUGAUGAAAAAGAUUGUGGUAGGUGUUGA